AUGGAGACCGGACGGCCUUCCCGCCGUGGGCACCUGCCGCAUGGAUGGAGAUGGAACGCGCACCUGGUGCCCACGGCCACAGCCCAGCCGUCAGCCGCAGAACCGCUGCACACCCGCGCGCAAGCCACGGGUCCUCACCCGGGGCUUCGGGACCCCUACCUCGCAGUCUUCUACAGGCCGGCGGCGGGAGCCGGCGACACACCCCUGGGCCGCGCCUGGGUCCUAAUGCCGCGCCGACGGUCCUCCCUGGCGCCGGAGGCCGUGCGGCGUGGACCUGGGUCCCGCCCGCCCGCCCCGCGCCCUCACCCGUACUCCUUUUCACCCCGGGCGGGUUGCUCCCGGGAGCCCGCGGCCACUUAG